UUUGAACAAACGUGGAUGCCUCAUCACAACUACAUCUCUUCCAGCCUCCACAUCUUUUUCUUGUUUCCUCUGCCUGGGCUGAAUUUCUUCAUUUCUGCCUGACAAACGUGUUACACCUCCUUCAAGAGCAUCUAUAACUGGUUAUCCUUUAAUUUGGUCCAGAUUUUGCUGCCUUCUUGGUACCCUCUUCCCCAAUGCUGGGCCCUCCAGGGAAUGUCCGGGCCCCCCUCGGACACGUGCCCACGAGGAUGAACACUCUUGAGUUGACGGAGGCUCUCUGGAGAGCCCGGUCUAGACUUCUCCCCUUACCAGCCCCGCACAGGCACCAAGGCCAGUGCCUGGGCUCCUCAGGCCCAAUGGGACGAGAGGGUGGCCGGUAGCGUCAACAAAGUCCACAGCAGCCCAGGGGUGGCCAGGCGCGCGGGAAGAGCUAGAGCCCGGUCCCCGCCCACCGGGAUUCCCGGGAGGGCCCUGCGCAUAGGGGAGGAGCCGCGCGCCAACACAGGGUGUGGCCUCCAGCCCGCGCGGGAAAGGGCCUGCGCCGCAUGCGCGCGCGCAGUCGGCGGCCGCGCGCAGUACGCUCAGGGCCGGGAUGGCGGCGGCGGCGGCGGCGGCGGCGGCUUCAGGAAGCGGGACUCCCCGAGAGGAGGACGGACCCGCUGGGGAGGCAGCGGCCUCGCAGCCCCCAGCCCCAACGACGGCGCCUGGGGCACGUCUCUCGAGGCUGCCUCUGGCGCGAGUAAAGGCCUUGGUGAAGGCGGACCCUGACGUGACGCUAGCGGGACAGGAAGCCAUCUUCAUCCUGGCACGAGCAGCGGAGCUAUUUGUGGAGACCAUUGCAAAAGAUGCCUACUGCUGCGCUCAGCAGGGAAAAAGGAAAACCCUUCAGAGGAGAGACUUGGAUAAUGCAAUAGAAGCUGUGGAUGAAUUUGCUUUUUUGGAAGGUACUUUGGAUUGAUUGCUGAGUGGGACAGUUUUGUGAGCCUUCAUCAGUUUUGUUCAGCCUUCAGUUCACCCCUCUCUACAGGCCUCAGCUUUGAAGAACGGAGUCUUUGCACUUAAACAUACUCUUCCUGUGCUGCCGUCACCUACGCUGGGAUAAGCAGAGAUCUCAUCAAUUAGCUUUUCUCUGCAAGGUCUUCCACUACUUCUGUCUUCCAUGUCAAGCCUGGAUGCAGCUGCUGCUGCUUGGAGCAGAGAUGAAUAAAUGUUCUGCAUAAGUGGCUUACUGAAUGAUGAGGACCAGAAUAAAGGUUUUUGAUCAGCUUUA